CAAUCGAGAAAAGACGCGUUAACUGAUCCUUCAUCAGCACUUUAUAGUUCAGACCGAUUCAGCAGUCCGGAGACGAGCCGAAAUGGAGUGGUCACUAGAGAGCGUGAGGGAGAUGGUGGCUGGAGGGAUGCAGUCUAUAAGGGAGUGUGAGAUCUGUGCUUUUGCCAUAGCCAUGUGUGUGCUGCUGCUGUUUAUGUGGUAUUGUUACAGGGUGGGACGGGAGCACGGCUCAAGCCCCCUGCGCGGAAGGUACCUGGCCGGGCCAGGCCGGAUCGGAGGGGUGGUGGGGGGUUUCAUGAGUUCAGACUGUCGCGGCAGGGGCAAAGGGAAGCAUGGGUCUCUGCUGGAGGAGCAGAACGGCUUCGCUUUCUGCCAGUCGUCAGAGUGCUUCCGCUGUACGAGCGCUGGGGAGAGUCUGAACCAGAGGCUCUAUCACAGCCUGCAGGAUUAUGCCAAGCGCUACACCUGGUCAGGUAUGGGCAGGGUGCACAAAGGAGUCCGAGACCAAGGCCGCUACCUCAACAGCCGACCGACCAUCCAGCGGCCAGAGGUCUUCUUCCUCCCCGACCUACCGUCAGCCCCCUUCUUCUCCAGAGAAGUGCAGAGACAUGACGUGGAGCUGCUGGAGCAGAGCUUCCCCGCCCUACUGGCUGAGUUUGAGAGCAUCUACCACCAACCUCCAGCCCGCAGCGGCUCCUCGCUCCCACCAGGGUGGAAGGCCAACAGCACUCCUCGUGGGCAGUGGUGGACCUACUACCUGGUCAACCAAGGCACCCCUCUGGUUCUUAAUGUCAGGAGAUGUCCCCGGGCCUGGAGGGUGCUGGGCCAGCUGCGCACCUUCAUCGCCAACAACGUGUUCGGAAACGCCUGCUUCUCUGUGCUGACGCCUGGAGCUCUCAUCACCGAGCAUUACGGUCCGACAAAUGUCAGGCUGCGCUGCCACCUGGGUCUCAGAGUGCCCCCUUCCUGUGAGCUGGUCGUCGGUGGAGAGCCACAGUGCUGGUCUGAGGGCAGCUGUCUGCUUUUCGAUGACUCCUUCCUCCACCGGGCUUUCCAUGAGGGCGGUGCAGAGGAUGGCCCCAGGGUGGUCUUCAUGGUGGACCUGUGGCACCCCAACGUGGCCGCUGCGGAGAGACAAGCCUUGGACUACAUUUUUACUCCGGGCCGUUUAGAGGACAAGGAGGGAAAAUAGGUGUGAGUGAGAAACCAUGUCCAAGCAAGCAAGAGACAGAUGGCAUUUAGGGAAGUGUCUGUAGGAUUGGGGAGCAACUCUUUUUUUCUGCCUCCAGACCAGCUCUCACAUUCACUGUGUACAUAAUCUCCGGCUCAUACAGUAUUACUCAUAACUCUUCUUAGCAGAUGACCAAACAUUGGGCCUCUUUUAUCAAUCGCAUUUUUUGUCUGUACAGUUGUGUAAAAUGCAGCCAUACUUUAAAGUGCAUACUUUUCAGACUAUAAUAGAUGCACAGUAGUUUAUGCCGUGAUUUCAUUCAUGUGUAUUAAAACUAUGGCCGGUGGCAUUUCAGCUUAAAAGUCGCUGUUUUAAUUUUCAAUCGCUGAAUGUUUACUGGUGUAUCCAUGACUGAACACUAAGAAUGUUGCCCAGCGAUCAGUUGCCACCAAAUAUGUUAUUUCACGUUUCCAUUUUUCCAUCCUCUAAGUUUGGGGCCAGUUCUGGAAGUGAUUAUUAAGAUUAUAUGUACUGCUCAUAUCGUAUUUAUUUAGGUUGUUAUUUAAACCACUGUAUGCUGAUCUAGAGCAAAGUGUAUUACAGACACGUUAAGUGGCUCUUAGGGAGCCAAACAAUAAUGUAUCACUCCUCUGCUGUUAUGCUUCACAGCAUAUAUGGGUCUAUAGGCCAAACUAUUCUAUUAGCUAUAAAUGAGCUGGAGACACUGAAUCAAGGCCAGUUGUAGCCUGUUGUGUUAUAGUGGGCUGAUAGAAAUAAUAUGUGAGUAACUUUGGUGAGCCCAGAGGUUGGACAAGUAGAUUUGUAACCAGAAAUUUGCUGGUUGGCUGUAAUUUGCUCAUCCAAUCAGAAGAAGUUUCUGCACAACCUUCCAUUGGCUGAAGAAAAAAAAUCUCUCAUUUAUUAUUAAAGACCCCUGUGAACAAAAUCCUUUUUUCUCUUUCUAACAUGCCCAUGUUGUGGUGUUUUUUAUAUGCUGUGAGACACAUCAUAAGCAAAACAAGCAAUCAACACCAUUCCCACCUUAAAGCUGCAGUGUACCAAUAACAGUCUCAAAAACGCAGAUUUAGAGUCCCAGGUUUUAUAUGUAACAAACCUAAAGCUUGGAGCUUACUGUAUCCGUGUCCUUUUUCAGAACCACUUCCCGGUUCUGAGAUGUAUGGCUGAAUUACUCCAGUAUUACAACUUGUUAUUGUGUAGUUUAGACCAGUUUCAGAGUGUUUGAGCAGAGUUGUGGGUGAGCUGGUGUGCUUGAGAUGCAUAGAGUGGCGAAAGGCAGGGUGGAGAGAGAAGCACGGAUUUCGUAGAUGGUAGAGGAAGCAACGUGUAGAGGUUCAUCUAAGCCAUUUUAAGACAGGAGAGAAUUAUUUGAGUGAAAAAAAGCAUCUAAAUAUGUGACUUUGGUACGCAGAAGCAAGUUUUUAGGAGUUUAAUCAAUGACCGAAGAGGGACUUUAAGACGCACAUUUGGGUGGGCUAAGGCCCCCUGCCCACAGCUGCCUGGCACUGAGUUCGCAUUCAUGAGCCCCCAGCUUAUUCCCAGGCUUUAAGAAAGGCGCGUGACGACAUGCAACAUACAUUUCUGCAAGGGCUAAGAAAUUUGGUAAUUCAACUUUUUAUAUGACUCACCACAUCCAGACGCUCGUAAAAGUUUUAAUUCAAAAUCAAGACGCCAUUGUCUGAAAGUUUGCACAAACACUUUCACAUAUAGGAUAAACUUUAGACUGUUUACAUUUUUAUGAAUGACUGGACACUCUCCUGCCUGCAGAAUGUUGACAUACUGUGAUUGUAAUGCACAUUAUGAUUUAUACAAAGCCACAGCAUAGUUAUUGAUCCAGGAAAGGAAUUGUUGCUCCAGUGAUUGAAAGUCAAUUGUGCAAAAGGUUCUUAUCAAAACAUGAAUUGAACAAUUAGUGUGAAAUAGAUAAAUAAAUAAGCAGGAUAUGUCUUUAAAUUUAAUGUUGAGCUGGGUUACCAACAGGAUGCACUGUGCGGCGUUCUUACUAAAUUGCCAAUUGUUCUACAGAUAUCUAAACAAAAUGCAUUGCAGAUAGUGCUGUAACAGUGUUAUAAUAGCUACAAAGAAAUGUUGUCCUAUCAAUAUCAGAUUUAUACGUGUGUAGUUUGGUAACUGAGGUCCAAUGUCGAUCAUGAUUUGAAUGUUUACAGACGCAGCUAACAUCUAUAUGUCAUGAACCCUGCCAGUGUGGUAGUUAAUUGUGCUCCCCCUUUGAGAAUCAGUCCUGCUUUCACAAGACAUGGUUAGAUAAGCACAUUUUUAGGUCAAACUGUGUGAGUCGGCCUGUGCUGUAACACUGGAGAUGAAGCGUUUUUGGUAAAUUUACUAAACUCUUGUAAUCUGGUCGCAUUUGAUAUCAGGUUUGUAUUUCUGUAAAUAUGGUUGAGGUAAAAACAAAAAAGCAAAAAAAACAACUAAGUGAAUGGUCUGAGAUGUUUUGAAAUGAUUGUCUUCAAUGCUUUGACUAUUGUGUUGUCUUGAUUUCUAGCUAAAGUGAUUGCAUUUCAUUACCCCAUUUCAAAACCAUAAAGUCAUUUUGAUAGAUUAAAUUCGUAUAUUCUGUAAAAUGUUUCUGAAGUACUAUCUCCUGUUGUACUGUGAUGUUUGUUUUGUUUUGUUUUUUUUAAUUCCUGUGAUUUUGCAGCACCAUUAUUAAAUCCACAACCCUUCAGCAGCACUUCAUGGAUAUAUGUGCACAGUCUAAAACGAAUCUUCAGCAGCUUUACUAGUCCACUGCAAUUCAAGAUACCCAUCUAUUCAGUUCUAAUGUUUACAAAGCUAUGGUCGUUUAUGAGCUGUUUACAGAAUCAGAUGACGCUGACACUCACAUUGAGCUGUCCAUAAUUAGGUUUAAAAUCAAGAGUGCUGUUAAUCCACCUUAGAGUAUGAAAACUGUCAUUCCCGAAGCAUUUGCUUUCCACUGUACGAUGGGGCAACCAUUUUGUUUACAUUUGGAUUAAGGAUUUGUCCUUUAACACAGUCUUGUGUGGAUUUUGAACAGUAUUUCUGUACAUUUAAUAAAUGGUCGAGUAUCUUAUUUAA